UAACUCUAGUCUUGGAGUUAUACAUACAUACAUACAAAAUGGCUCAAAUAAAUCGAGAAAUCUUUCGUGUUUUCGGUUAUUUUCUGGGGUUUUUGUUGCUAAUUCAAAUAGGCCAUGCGUUUGAAUUCAAAGUCGGAGGUCCAACGGCUAGUUGGAAAGUCCCCAGCGAUGAUUCUAAUGCUGCUUCGUUUUAUAAUCAGUGGGCUCAAAAAAACCGAUUUCAAAUCGGCGAUACAUUGCUGUUUGUGUACAAUGCUGACGUGGACUCGGUUCUCCACGUAAGCAAAUACGACUACGAAAGCUGCAACACUGAGUCGCCGGCGGAGAAGUUCGCCGACGGCCACACCGUGUUCAAGUUCAACCAGUCGGGCCCACAUUACUUCAUCAGCGGUGUCGCCGAUCAUUGCCGGAAAAACGAGAAGCUGGUGGUGGUUGUUAUGGCCGACAGAACCGGUAAGCAUGGAUCAUCGGCGGCGCCGCCAUCUCCUCCUCCGUCGCCGGAGAAUGUGCCAGUGCCGCCGCCGUCCCCGGCUCCUUCCGGUGAGUCUCCGCCGUCGGAUGGGGCGGAGGAGAACCCAACUCCGGCGCCGUCGGAGGAGGAUUCUCCUCCCAAUAACGGCGCUUCUUCUUCCAUUGUUGGUGUCGCUAGUUUUCUUGGAAGUGUGGCGGCUUUUGUUUUAGCUAUUUAAUGUGAAUAUGUUUUAAUAUAUAUAUAUAUAUAUAUAUAUAUAUAUAUAUAUAUAUAUAUAUAUAUCUUUUUUUUUUUU